AUGGAAGCUAUUAAGAGGAUUUCAGAUCUCCGAAAAGCCGUGUUUAAAAUCCGCAUUUCAGGCUGUAUAUCAGAAAAAACUCUUGAAAAGCUAAACAAAGAUUUACAAAGGAAACGCUGGAGAAGCCCAGUGGCCCUUGCUAUAGUAGUCAAUUCUCCAGGAGGAAGCGCAGCUCAGAGUUCUUUAAUUAGGCAACGUUUAUUAGCAUUUUCUAAGCAUCAUCACAUCCCAGUCUACGCAUUUGCUGAAGAUCUUGCAGCAUCUGGAGGAUAUUACGUGAUGUCAGCUGCAAAUGAGCUAUAUGCGACCCCUGCAUCGCUUAUAGGAAGUAUUGGAGCUAGAUUUAGCUUAUUUGGUAUAAAAGGACUUGCAGCUAAAUAUGGUAUUGAGCGUAGAAGCUGGGCAACUUCUCCAUUAGAUUUGCAAGAGAGAGUUGACCCACUAACUCCCCAUUUAAAUUAGAGCAAAAAUCCUAUUCCAAUUUAAAUAGGGCAUAGUUUUUUAUUAAAAAAAUUACUCAUAAAAUGUUUCUCAAUAAAAAUUUUAUAAAUUAUUAAAAUAUAAAUUGAGCACAAUACUUAGAAUUUAAAUUAUUUUUAUGAAGUGAUAAUUAAAAAAAUAAUCAAUUAAGUUAAAAACUGUUUAAAUAACAUUCUACUUGCACUUUUUCAUUAAAUAAUAAAACAAAUUUUAGAAAAAUUAGUUUGUCAACUUUAAAUUGCUUUUAAAUUUUAAAUUUUUUAAAUUAAAUCAAUUAAACAUAAAUUGAAUUUUAAUUUAUUUUUAUGAAAAUUAAAAAAAAAAAUCGAUUCAGAGCAAAAAAAUUUAAAUAGCAUUCUACUUGUAUUUUGUCUAUUAAAUUAUGUUAAAAAUAAUUUUCAUUGUUAAAUCUUACUAUUGAAAAACAAAAUUUUCCUAUUUAAAGUGGCUAAGCUAUCCAAAAGAUCCGAAUUUUACUGAGGUUUGUUCAAAUUUAAAAGGGGGGAGUAAAAGAGCUUAAGCCAGAUACCCAGAAAUGACUUGCGGGAUUAGUCCAAGAAACAGGAGAAGAAUUCAAAAAUGUAAUCGAGGAAUCUAGAAAAGGGAAAAUUAAGGUUGAAAAUGCAAAAAAAGAUGAAGUUUUAUAUAAUGGAGAUAUCUUUACGGCAGAUGAAAGUGUAAAGCAUGGACUAAUUGAUAAAUUUGGAGUUUGUGAUGAGGUUAUGAAAGAAAUAUUUCCUAAAUAUGAGAUUCUGGAUUUGUCUAAGGUUUCUAAGAUUCAAAGAAUUUACCAAUCAAUUGGUGCAGAAUAA